AGAAUUUUGAAAAGAAAAAACCAUAUACCAGAUUUAGCUGGCCAAUUGACGUGAUGAGAUUAUGCUACAUGUUACUUUUAAAACUUUCUAAUUUAGUCACAUGUUCACCAAUUUAGUUUGAGAUUAAAAAAAAACAGUGUAAACCGGAGCCUAAACGAGAUCUGGAAACUUGUACAGGCAAACAUAUAAAAAGCCAUUAGGCAUUGGGAUUUUAGUUUUAGUAAAAAAUGCCGUUGGGUAAAUACUACUGCGAUUACUGCGAUAAGGAAUUCCAGGAUACCGCAGCUGCUCGGAGGCGUCAUCUUCAAGGUGUUCAACAUCAAAGAGCCAAGGCUCUUUGGUACGACUCCUUGCGCAAUCCCCAAUUAUUUAACGAUCCGGACUCGUUCGGUAAAGGAGUCUGCAAUCACUUUGUUCGAACGGGGUAUUGCCAGUAUGGGGACUCCUGCAAAUAUUAUCAUCCCAAGCAAAACCCUCAAACUGUGAACCAAACGGGACUCCCUCCAGGGGAAAAUAGUAGAGAGGGUUUCCAUUCAAGUAGUCAACCUUUUGGUUCAGCCUCUUUUCCAGCAGGUGAUGUGUUCAGAGAAAAGGCCGGAGCAUCACUGAGCAAUCUGCCUCCCUCUCUAAGGCCUCCGCCUGAGGGUGGUUAUCCACCUCUCCCAUUUGUUGAGUGGGGAUAGGAUGUGGAUUAGUAGUUCCACAGUUUUACUGCUUGACUGUGGUCUUGGUGGCUAUCAUUUGAAGCUUACAAAUUAGAUGAGUUUGAGAAGUGGGUUUGGAUUACAAAUUGUUAAUUUUAUGAACAUAUCAGGAGAGACACUGCCUUAAUUUGUGAAAAUUGUGAAUUGUGAUUAAGCCUAAGAUGUUUUCAUGUUUAUAUUUUUGUCUUUUUAAUUUAAUAAAAUUGGGUCGUUGGUAGCUUGGUUAUA